CGUGGUCCAGGACUGGAGGCAGCUGCUACAAUCUGCCCCGCUGCUGCUAGCGGAGGCGGCGUCCGACUGAUGCAUUGUUCAGAGUCCGGGCAUGCCUUUCUCCUGGCUUGGCUUGAAGGUCCUGAGGUUGGCUGCUGAUCCCUUUGCGAGAACAGCCACCAGCGGCUGGUGGUCGAAUAAAAUCAACAGCUGUCUCGCCAUGGCCGAGAAGCUGGGGAUCGCAGCCGGCGGCCAGGCCAAGGCGCCGAAGAGCGGCAAGAGUAAGGUGGAGGAGGAAGAUGGCAAGCAGGAGGAGAACGGGCACGAAAUGAAACGGUUCAAGGCUGGCGAGGAGGAUAUCGAGGACGGCGCGAAGCGGUUUCCCAAGCGAAAGAUCGUGUUGCUGAUGGCGUAUUCGGGGAAAGGCUAUCACGGGAUGCAACGCAACGUGGGGAACGCUCAGUUCAAGACGAUUGAGGACGACCUGGUGUCGGCCCUCAUUCGGUCAGGGUGUAUCCCGGAGAACCACGGCGAAAUCAUGAAGAAAAUGUCCUUUCAGAGAUGCGCCAGGACGGACAAGGGUGUCUCUGCGGCUGGGCAAAUCGUCUCUCUGAAGGUCUGGCUGAUAGAAGACAUCAAGCGCAAGAUUAACGACCACCUUCCUCCUCAUAUACGGAUUCUAGGGCUCAAAAGAGUCACCGGAGGAUUCAACUCCAAGAACAAAUGUGACGCCCGGACCUACUCUUACAUGCUGCCGACCUUCGCCUUCGCGCACAAAGACCGCGAUCCUCAGGACGGCGCCUACCGCCUGAGCGCAGAGACUCUGGAGGCCGUCAACAGCCUUCUGGCUUGCUACAAGGGCACCCACAAUUUCCACAACUUCACCUCUCAGAAGGGUCCCAAAGACCCCAGCGCCAAGCGCUACAUCAUGGAGAUGUAUUGCGAGGCGCCCUUCGUGCGGGGAGGCCUGGAGUUCGCCGUCCUCAAGGUCAAAGGCCAGAGUUUCAUGAUGCACCAGAUCCGGAAGAUGAUCGGCCUGGUGAUCGCCAUUGUGAAGGGUUACGCCUCGGAGUCCAUCCUGGAGCGGAGCUGGGGGGAGGAGAAGGUGGACGUCCCCAAAGCCCCCGGGCUGGGCCUGGUUCUGGAGCGGGUCCACUUUGAGAAGUACAACAAGCGUUUCGGCAACGACGGACUCCACGAAGCCCUGGAGUGGGCGGAGGAAGAAGAGGAGAUUGCGGCCUUCAAGGAGCAACACAUCUACCCCACGAUUAUCGGUACGGAGAAGGAGGAGAGGUCCAUGGCGAACUGGCUGGAAACCCUCUCCAACCACGACUUCAACUCCACCGCGUCCAGGCUGCACGUGGACAACAACGGGGAUUCAAAGAACGACAAUGCCGAAGGCAGCGAUGGAUGUGGCGCUGAGUCAGACUGAGCUGAAACAGUUCCAGAUUUUGAUGGCCCACGCUGAUCCAAGCGACCCCUGUCCGGUAAACCCGGGUUUCCUCUCAAGCGGUGGCGUUCAUCUUUUCGUAAGGCGGCGAUGGGUCGCCAAGCUGGACUGUGAGAGGAGGAAAAGCGGAGGUGACCCUCGAAACAGGCUGCUUAAUCCCAAAGUACAGAGAUGAAGGGGAGUUUUGUCUGCUAGAGCUAAUUGCGCUUUAAUUAUGCUUGAUAAAAGACUUUUUCUUUCUUUCAAAAAAAGGUCCGCUGAAUCGUGUUAUUUUGCUGCCUUAAAUAUACAAGAGAAAAUAAUUCAGAAUCGGACUCUUAAGGAGGAGGGCAAGGGAUUCAUUACAAUUUUUAUUUCCUUUUUCAUUUUUGAUGGAAGCUAACGUUUCUUACUCUUCAUUUAGGCUUUCUCUGGCUGUUCUUCCUUCAUCUUGUCCAAGGAAGAAGAGACACCCGCCCCCCCCUUUUAAUUGCUAUGUCUGUUUUGCCUCAAGUCUUCCAGAGGUGAAAUAAUGUGAUGGUUGAGGUAAAUUUUGCCUGUGGACAUAUCUGACUUCCUACCCCUUCCCUGGUUUUAAUGAAUUAAUCGGCUUUUAGUGGACUUUUUAAAAAGAAUAUCUCUGCUCUUUUUUAAAAUAAAUAAAUAAAAGCUUCACACGUUAUAAUG